CAUGACCUCCGCGGGGUGCUUAGCCGGGGUUCCCCGCGUCGCGCCUCGCGCGCGCGCCGGGGCGGCCCUCGGUCGUCGACGACGGCCCCGCGUCGCGAGCCCCGCGUUCGCCUCCUCCGCGAACGAUCGCGACCCGUGGCGCACCGAACCCGACCUGCCUCCGCCCCGCGAGAUCCCGCAUCACAGGGACAGCCUCGGCGAGAAGCUGACGGGGGUGCUGACCGAGUUCCUGGUGCGCGCCCCCGCGCAGUUCCUCGUCGAGAACGUCCUCGCGCCGCUGUACGCCCGCGGAGAGGGCGACCGAGCCGGCGCGCGGCGACGGAACCGGCUUCCACCCGGCGCUUCCACCACCCCGAAUGGAGAGACAUCGAUCGCGUCGUCAGACUGCGACGGGCGCGGGAUGUACCUCGACGUCGAGACGGACUCGUGCGUGUACAUAUGCCGCGAGGGGUACGUGUGGGACGCCGCCACGCGGUCGUGCAAGCUCAUCGUGACCAACCCGGAGUCCCGCGCCGCCACCGUGGACGCGCACGUGCCCGCCGUCGGGCGCAAACCGGGCGGCGGUAAAGCGGUUCGAAAACCCGAGGCGCCCGGCGCGUUGCCAGACGCUCUGGAGGCGAGAUUCUACGGGAACGGGCGGGACGAGUCGCCGCUGGACGGGGUGGUGCGUUGGGCGGUGAACAGGAUGGUGGGCGGCGGUAAAGACAAGGAGAGGUGCGCCGUGGGGUUCUUCUACGACGCCAAGGCGAGGAAGUGCACGCCCAUUUGCAGGCCGGGGUACGUGUACGAUCCGGUGUCGAAAAAGUGCGUGUCAGCCGACGUCACCGAUCGGCUCCCGUUGUGAUGAUACUCAUAGGAACACC